AUACAAAAUUAAUUACAAAUAUUAUAAUUAAUGAGACUUAACAUAUGAAAGUCAAUUUAUUUCUUUUUUGGGAGAGACCAAACCCAUUUAAUAAAACCUUAAAAAUUAGUAUUUCAGAGACUUAAUUGAACAAGAUGGUAUUUAAUGGACCAAAAUGUAAGGCACAUGAAAGAUGCAGGACUAAAGGAAAUAUUAAACGGCUUUGUAGGGACGAGAAAAACAAGCUGGGUUUGUUGGGAUAAAGUAUGCAAAAGCAAAAAGGAAGGUGGUCUCGGAGUUAAAGAGUUAAGAAGCUUCAAUCUUGCUUUGUUGGGCAAGUGGUGGAGCAGAUUAGCAAGCGGGAAUGACGGUCCGUUCCAUAGGAUCAUUGAAGAAAAAUAUGGGAAUGUGGACAGCCAUUGGCUUGAGUGGAUUCAAGAAAAUAGUCAUAAGGGAUCCAGUUGGUGGAGAAACAUUUGCAAGUUAGACAAUGUUGUGCACAAUAAAAGGGGAUGGCUUUCCGACGGUUUCAAACUCAAAAUGGGUGAUGGGAACACUGUGCGUUUCUGGAAGGAUGUUUGGAUUGGGAACCAAACUCUUGCUAACCAAUUUCCUUCACUGUUUCGGGUGUCCUCAGGGAAAGAAGAAAGAAUCAGCAAAUUGGGCAAAUGGAGGGACAGAAAUUGGGAAUGGUCUGUACAGUGGAGGAGACCUCUGUUUGAAUGGGAGAAGGACAAAUGGUUUGAGCUCCAGGCUUUACUGGAUAACGCUAAACCUGAGCAAGAGCAGAGAGACCGAUGGGAGUGGAAGCAUGAUAAAGAGGGUGUGUAUGUAGUCAAAGCAGCAUAUAAUGUGCUCUCAAGCAUCAGUGGAAACGUGAAAGCAUGGAUUUUCAAAAGGAUAUGGAGCAGAUGAGUCCCAACAAAGGUCAGUGCUUUCA